AACCAUAGCAACGGAGGUAAAUCUCGCGAACUUUUUUGUAAACACCACAAAAAUGACAACACUGUAAAUACAACUCAUCUAUUAGUAAGUUACUGUUUUAUUAAAUACCCGUCAACAUGCCCCACAUAAAACAACCCAAAGUAAAAGAACCAUUGUGGAAAGAUUGGGAUUAUCUGGCACAGAAAAAAGGAGUUCGCCACACGGUUUACUCGGUGAAUGGGGACCAAUACACAGGCGAAUGGUUCACAGGCGAAUGGUUAGAUAACAAAAAAGAUGGAAAAGGAACUUAUAAAUGGAAAGAGAAUGGUGCAUUGUAUGAUGGAGAUUGGAAGCGGGGGAAGAGAAAUGGUUUCGGAACAUACAGCAUGCCAGAUGGAAAAGGAGGAUACAAGAAGGAAUACUCAGGAGGCUGGAAAAAUGAUAUGCGACAUGGGUAUGGAACCCAGUUUUAUACAGAAGAGGAGUAUUAUGAAGGGGAAUGGUAUGCUGACAAGAGAAGUGGUUGGGGGAGAAUGUAUUAUAGGGAUGGGACUAUAUAUGAGGGUGAAUGGUAUGAUGACCAGAGGAAUGGCCAAGGAAUGCUCAGAUUGACAAAUGAAAAUCGAUAUGAGGGAUCAUGGCGUGAUGACAAGAAAAACGGGCCUGGUAAAUUCUUUUAUUUAACAACCGGACAGAUCUAUGAAGGAGUCUGGAAUAACGAUAUCGCUAAAUGUGGAUCAAUGAAAGAUUUUAAUCGAGAUGAAGCUCCAAAACCAACAAAAUACCCUAUUCCUGAUGUCAAAUUGUACAAUUCCGAUGCUGUGUUACAAGAUGCCGAGGAACAGUUUCUACAUGAUCACGAGUAGAUCAUGAAUAAAACUCUUUUCAAAACUUUUAACCAAUGGUUGCUACCCACAAAAACAGCAUUCAGUUAUCAUAUUUAAUGCACAUUCAGUAGCAAUGAACUGAAUAUUUUGAAUAUUUUUGAAUUUUAUAUUUUGUUUUUUUUAAAGAUUGAAUGUUUAUGACUACAAUGUGGAAUACUAUGUUUAGUGUAUGAAGUUGUGAGCAUGAGUUAUCUUUAUUUUUUUAAAGUGAAUAAAGGUUUAAAUGAUCCAAGAUUGUAAAUAUUAGUGAAUAUAUAUAUAUACUAUUUUAUUGAUGAAAAUUCUCAACAUUGCUUUUCAUCAUAUUGAGCAUAUAGACAUGUUGAGGGAAUUUAUCUAUAAUAUUGAUAAAAAAAAUCUUUAUGUUAGUAAUAAAUGAUAGAUAUGAUUGCCUCAGUUAUCAGUGUUGAAUUUUAUAUUGUUAUGUAUAUUUAUUCAUAUUCAUUGACAUCUAGCUCACCUGGUUCAAAGAAACUGUGUAUUCUGCUGAUGAGCAAGUCGGGCCAUUUAAGCCUUUUCAUGAACUACAGAAUUAUAAAUGUUGUUUAAAAGUUCAUUUCGUGAUUCUGACGAUGCACAUUUUGCUUGUCUGCAACUUGCUAGUAUUCAGCUGGUAUUCGUACAGAUAUCAAAGCUGACCCACACUAAGAUUACAUUCCAUGACAAAAUCAAGUAAGAUUACUUUAUAUGAAAAAUGUUGCUUUUCGGAAAAUUAUUAUUAGGAUGCACUUUAAUAUUCAGCAGCGGUGAAGAAAUGGAAGAGCAAUGAAAUUUAAACCAUAAAGAUGUUUUCAGCGUUUGUUUAUAACGGGUAUAACGAUUGUGAAAUUGCAGGGAGGGGAAACGGCCGACAUGGGUUACUUAUUUUGGAUUGAUCGCAAACAUUAUUUCGUAACGGACUAACAAAAUGCAUCAAAUUUAUUCCAAGGGAGCUAAGCGCGCUUUCCAUCUCAAGCGCAUCUUAUCGCCAAACAUGGUUAUGCUAUGCAGCUGGCUUAUCGAUUUUCUUCAGUUUAUACCUAUUAUGAGCAAAGUUUGUUAUCGGUAAGAAACACUUAGUUGAUGAUUAAGGGGCAGACAUAUUAGGUUUUUUAAUAUACAUGUACAUGUACAAUGAAUUAUAUUUAAUCUUGAUAAUAAAAUUUAAUCUUGUUUCAGUUACUAGAUAAGAGAACAUUUGUUCUCCUUUUGCAUGGCAAAAUCUUUCUGGCGUUGAUUCAUUACACAGUAUUUAAGGUCAGACGACACGUUCCUCGAGAAUCUUUUUUGUAUCUCCUCGUAAUAAAGAGUUCCAAUAAAAAAUAUUAAUUUUAUAAUUACUUUAGAAAUGAUCAAAAUUUACUUAGAUGUGAUUAUAUGUCUAAAAGGUCGAGUGGUUAGAACCGUGGCCGCUCACUGUCAGAAACGUACAGGUUCUAGAGGUCGUGAGUUCAAAUCCCCGCCCCAGCGGAGAUAUAGUUCUCAUACAGUGAACUUCGCUGUGAUGAAAAGAUAUUUAUUUUUAUAUCAGCAAUUCAAGUGACUGUAUUUUCAAGAAGAUUAUAUAGGAAAUUGCAUACUCUAGUAUUUUGCAGAAAUGCCUGGUAAGGUACUCUAAUUUUUUGCAAGAAGGCUUGUCAAAGUAGUAGUAAACCAUUAACAAAUUCCUGGUAAAAGUUAUCUGAAAUUGAGGAACGUGUCGUCUGACCUUAAAGAUACAUUUCUAACACCUGUUGAUUCUGUUCCUAAUUUAAGAUACUUUAAAAUAUCAUCAUCUAGUAGAUAUUUGCCAACUUUGUUGAAUACCUGUAUUCUACCAUAUUACUAUUUUUAAUAAAAUGGGUAAUUUCCAACAGUUUCCCACAACAUAGAGAA